AUGCAUACAGUAAUUGACCACAUUUGGGGAUUGUCAGCUCGGGAUUCAAAUAUAAGUACUGUGAAUCGAACACCUUUAAAAAAAGGAGAUACCUGGUAUUUAGUUGACAGUAGAUGGUUCAAUAAAUGGAAGAAGUAUGUUGGUUAUGAUAGUUGGGUCAUGCGUGGAAUGGGUGAACAAGAAUCCUAUCCUGGACCCAUUGAUAAUUCUGGUCUGAUCAAGGAAUCUGGUUUAUUGAAAGAGCAUCUGAUAGAUGAAUUGGAUUAUAUAUGCAUCCCCACACAAGCUUGGAGAAAGCUUGUAGCAUGGUAUGGUAUAGUGGAAGAUCAACAUACUGUCGCAAGAGAUGUUAUUGAGGAUGGAAUGUUUGUCAAACACUGUAGAAUUGAAGUAUACCGCAUGGAACUUCACCUAAGUAUGCAUAUGAUGAAAGGACAUGUGGUAAAAGAUUUCAGUAAAGCAGAUACAGUAGGAAUGGUCCAAGAUAAAAUGCGGAGAAUAUUCAACAUUGGAAAAGAUAAAGAAACUCGAGUUUGGAACAAAUACAUGAAUAAUGCAUAUGAACUAUUAUCAAAAAAAGAUGACACAAUUAAACAAGCCAAUCUAUAUCAUGGGCAACAAUUAAUUAUUGAGGAACGGAACAAAGAUGGAACCUGGCCAAGGGCAAACAAAAAUCAGUAA